UGUGCGUUGACGCGAUGUGAAUCGGGUCUGGAGAGAGAUAACGGGUGAUGCCAGCCGAGAAACGAAAUAUCGCUGUUAUUCGAAUCUGAUGUGCAUAUGUCGUGUGUACGUUGUGUAGCGUUUGGCUAACGAGCGGCGUUGAUCUGAGGCCCGGCCUGAAUCGCCUCUCGCUCGUAUUCGUUAAUGGGGGCUCAGUAGCUAGCUAACUUGACGACAACGACGACGACGAUGAUGAUGAUGCAUUGGUGGAUUUAUCCCGGUGUCUCUGACUGAGAUGGAGUCAGCGACGCUCAAGCGGAGCUGCUUGCUUGCUAGCUAGCGAGCUAACGGUGCCCGCCGGGAGACACCGUGCCCGAGCAGCCCUGGAUAACGUUAGCUAAAUGGCUGCAACUGCAGUUUUACAUUACGGGGUUUGUUGUAACGUUAUCACACGUUUCCAUCGCUAUCCCCGGAUUUGAUAGAAAGGGAACAUGUCAACUAGCAAAAAUUGCUAAAUUAACCGUUUAGGAGAGCUACACGUGAUAUAGUUUAUCUCGCUCCAGCAAUUAGCUACAUCCCCGACUGUCCUUGGAUGCUUCAGUGACAUUAAUUGGGACGGUGUGUAUCAGGAUGGCACAGCUCUUGGACGGGGCCAGCAAACUGGGCUGGGUUCUGCUCACGGCUGUGCUCCGUUUUGUGUUUAUGUUCUUCAACAACUGUGUAGCCAUCCCAUCGUACUGCUUAUACCUGCUGCUUCUCCAGCCGCUGAGAAUAUGGGACAGCUCUACUUUCUGGCACAUUGAAGGAAUUAUGUUCAAAUGGUUGCUGGCCAUGGUGUCUUCAUGGGGCUGGAUUGCAGGCUAUACAGUAACGGAGUGGGGUGACGAUGUACGGCCCAUCUCUGAAGAGGAAGCCAUGGUCAUCGUAAACCACCAGUCCACAGGAGAUGUGUGCACCCUCAUGAUGUGCCUGCAAGACAAGGGCACGGUGGUACGAAAAAUGAUGUGGUUGAUGGACCAUGUGUUCAAAUACACGAACUUUGGCCUAGUGUCCUUGAUCCAUGGGGACUUCUUCAUCAGACAGGGUAAAGCUCACAGAGACAAGCAGCUGGUCUACCUGAAAGAUCACCUAGACAAAUACUACCACAGCCGUGACAGGAAGUGGAUAGUGCUGUUCCCCGAGGGUGGCUUCCUGCGCAAGCGGCGGGAAACCAGCCAGUUAUUUGCUAAGAAGCACUCGCUCCCCCACCUGACCCACGUCACGUUGCCUCGUCUCGGGGCCACCCACGUCAUCCUGAAAACCCUGUCCGCCCAGCAGGAGAACGGCAGCGUGGGCAGCGAGACCGGGACCCCAAACCAGACAGGUAACAAGCGUAAAGGCCUGCAUUGGGUAAUAGACGUGACCAUAGCUUACCCUAAAGCAAGACCCAUGGACAUUCAGACCUGGAUCUUUGGCUACAGGCCUCCUACAGUCACACAUGUACAUUACAGGAUGUACCCAAUAAAAGAGGUUCCUGUGGAGGCAGAGGCCCUGACUGAUUGGUUGUAUCAGAGGUUUGUGGAGAAGGAAGAGUUGCUGGCCCAUUUCUACGACACAGGAUCAUUCCCCCCUCCAGAAGGACACAAGGAGGCUGUUUCCCGGCAGAUGACCCUUGACCCUGUGUGGCUGUGCAUCAUCCAGUCGUUUGCUUUUGUCUCCGGCUACAUGUGGUACAGCGUCCUCCAGUACCUCUACUGCUGUUUAUUUUGAGUGCGCUGAUGAGGCGAGAGUCUUAAUCGGACCACUGGAAAAGCCUCAGGAUCGGUUGGUGUGUGGCCCAGCGUCAUACAUGCCCCUCCCCCCCCCCACGAUGGAUGAAUGUACAUUUGCAACAGUGGAGAGACUAAACCGGAAACAGCAAACAUAUGAAGACAAGUACACAGACACACAGAUUACAGAAGCCCAUACGAUAUGAGACUGUUCACAGGCAUAGUUAACUUAACACACAGCCCUAACACCACACACUCGCUCCAACGGCCUAGCAGAAUAAUCUCUCGCACUCGUCACGACUCACAUUUUGAUGUUUACACGUCCUCAUACACGUAGACGCUCACACGUACAUAACUUUUUAUUCAAAGUUAAUGAAAAUGAGGCUCAGGACUCCUCCAGAAGACGUUCUGGACCGGACUCUCUCUCUCUUCCCCUCCCAGGCUUUAGCCGUAGUAGUUUUACAGAGUAUAAAGUAUGUAUGGACGCGUGUGUGAGUGAAUCUAUGUGACUAGAAGCAUAAUGUCUGCCCUUAUUUUUCCUCCUGGCGAGAGCUGACGAAGCCCACUGGACCUCUCUUUCAGCCCGCCGACUACCCGGUUGGCCACACCUUCCAGAGCGAGCGACUGUAUGAACGUCGAGGCUGCACAGCUGGCUGCUCCUCUGGCAUUCAUUGCACUAAGGAUCCAUACUGCCCUAACUGCUCCCUGCCCCAGGAAAUGCUCCUGAAUGGUAGCUGUCAGUGUUUUAAUUUCUUUUGUUUUCUUCCCCUUAACCUGCAUAUCUCCACAACUACAGCCAUCGUUAUUU